AUGAGCUUCACUGACAAGCAGUGGCUACGUCUUGUAGACGUCGAGUCUAUAUAUCUCGAAUCUGUCGCCGCCGACGCCAAGUUCUUCAAACGUCUAGUGCAAGACGACAUCAUGGCAGACAACCGCGGCAGCAUCAGAAAGCCUACUGCAGAGGAGGAAGAGCGCAUGAGCAAGGCAGCCGAGGCAGCUAAGCAGAAGCGCCAGGAGAACCAGGAGAGGCGCGACAAGGAAAAAGCGGAGGAGGCAGCGAAGAAGGCCAAAGACGGAUCAGCCCCCCAGAGCCGUGGGGGUAGUGGGAGCUCGUCGAGGCAGUAA